AGAAACAGCUAUGUUAGCUUGUUACUGUUGAUGAUUCUGUUAAAUAGGCGUCGAGGCUUGGCGUCGUGCAUAAAACCCGUACAGUCACUUUAAAUGCUGGACACCUGAGAACCAGGAUGUGCUCGGUUGUUGGAUGUUACUCGGGGCGUCUAGGCGUGCAGCGGUUCAAGUUACCAGAGGACCCAGAGAGGAGACUGGAGUGGGUUCGGUUUCUAGCCACUGUCAAUAAACAGCGUUUCAAAGAGUCGUCCUGGACUGACAUUUCCGUUUGCAUCGAGCAUUUUAAAGAUGACUGUUUUGAAAACAAAUUAGGUGUGACUGACAAGGUUCAGUUAACGCUAAAGCCCAGUGCAGUGCCGUCACUGUUUGACAAGUCCGAGUCCGAGGAGCCUGAGCCGUCUGUGGAGAGCCCAACAUGUGGGGAGUCUUUGGAAACAAUUGAAGGUGCUUGUCAGCGGGACGAUGAUAAAUCGUGUGAUAGUUCAAGUUCCAGUUCUGAAGGAUCUGGAGUUAAUCCAAUUGCUUUCCAAGGAAGCCAAUUCCCAAGAAAGGCCUCAUCUUCUCCUGAUAAGCCCUCAAUACCUGGCCAAGUGCAACCACGAAAUGUAAAUAUUAAUCUGAUGAGAGAAAAAGCCGCACGUCUACAGAUGAAAGGGAAGUUCGUUGUGAAUGAAAAACACCUCCUCCAGUUGUUAAACCCAAAGUGCCCUUCGUGUGGCUGCAAACUUAAGACAGAGAAGGUCACCAAUGGGCUGCUCAUCAUCUUUAACCAACAGUGCCUUCAGUGUGGACACCGAAACCAGUGGACAAGCCAGGUCGAUGCCAAAAUCCCGACAGAUGAAGAGCAACACCUGACAGGAUGUGUAGAAGUCACUCCAGAGAGCCCACAGGUAGAGCCAACAGAUGACGCCCAGGCGGGUAUGACAGACGUACCUGAGAUCGUUGCUUCUAUUGAUGAAGAAAGCGAUCAAAUGGAGGAAACGGAUGAAUCUGAUCAGGAUGACGUAGAUUCAGAUGAGGACUGGAAGCCUGAUAAGGAUUCCUUGCUGGCUAAAGUACCUCUUCAGAAAACUAGAGGGGAAGAUGAAACCGAGGACGAAGACGAAGACGAAGAGGAGGAGGAGGAGGGAGAAGACGAUCAUCCUCCCAUUGCACACAAGGACAGCCAGCUCUGCACUGACUGUGGGAAGUUUUUCAAUAAAUGUAGGCCUCACACAUGUGAGCACAAAACUAAACCUUAUUCUUGCAACAUUUGUGGAAAAAGGUUUGCCUUUGAUCACGCCCUAAGUCGUCACAGCAGAAUCCACGAUGCAAACUACGAGUACCGGUGCAAAUACUGCCAUGUUACGUUCAAAACAAAGGUGGACAAAAUCACUCACGAGCAGACCCACAUGGUUGAAGGAAAGCCGUAUAAAUGUCCCGACUGUCCAGAGACGUUUGCCAAAAAUAAGGAACGCAGAAUCCACAUUCAGGAUCACAGAGGCCCUCCACAGUUAAAAUGUGACUUCUGUGGGAUCGAGUUCUGCUGGCCCCUCGCUCUCCGGAGACACUUAGCUGUGCACACGGGAGAGAAGCCGCACAAGUGUUCAAUUUGUGAACGUGGCUUCAACCAGCAAAGCCACCUGAAGUCUCACAUGCGCCUCCACACAGGCGAGAGGCCUUUUAAGUGUCAGCAUUGUGACAAAUGCUUUAAUCACAAUGUCAGCUUGAAGAGUCACGUCCAGCGCUACCACACAUUCAACUUAGGAGGGGAACCGGAUAACAAUAAUGAAACUUCAAGGACUGCUUUUGACUUUCAGGGGGAUCAAAACAAUAGAGUUGCAGCUACAGUGCCUGGCAAUGUGGAGGUAAAACAGGAACCAGAAGAGAGUGUGGGAAUGGAGCAACUAUCUCGACCCAAGUAUAAAAAAAGAAGCACAGGUAGACCUUUAGGAAGGCCGAAAAGCGAUGAACCAAACACUAAGACUCCAAAACGGUUGCAGAGUUUAAGGAAGACGCAAUGCACUGAAGAAAGUGAUGACGAGCAGAGUGACUGUGACAUGUCCUCUGACCCAGCAGAGGAUGAAGAGAAAAGGAACGAUAAGAUAAAACAGAACAUAGCUAGAUCAAGGGGGAGAGUAAAAAGGUCUAACAGUAAAAAGAAGUACAGCUGCCAGAACACCGGUAAGAGCUUAAAGCGCCGGGGACGACCAAGGAAAAAUCGUGAGCUCUGUUCUUGAAAGUACAACAGAGGUGAAUAAUUAACUUUAUUUAAAUAACUGUGAUAAGAAGAGAGCCUUGUGAAGUGGACAUUCACACAAACUCGACUGACAAAAACAUGUACCCAUGUAGGCAAGGGAUCGCUUCAAAUUGAAUUGACUUUAACUGUUUAAGUUGCUUGAAUAACUACAAAUGACUUCUCUGUUACUGGAUGCUUUGGCAAUGGGAUGGCCUUGGUUAUAAGUCAAUUAAAUAGGACUGAUUUAAGUGCUAGUGUUAAUUUCUGUUGCUGCAUGUCCUUGCUUUAUAAUACACAUACC